CAUUUCAUUUUCCAAUCUAACUGUAAACUCUCAUCCCCGCACACUCUGCUGAGUCUGCUUCCCCCAAAACCCUUACACCAGCCAUGUCGAAGCUCCUCCUCUUCCUAACCCUAAUCCCUCUCCUCCCAUUUCUCUGCACCUCCUUCUCUCCCGAGAGCCCUUCUAGCCGCCGAGUCCUCGUCUUGCUCGACGACCUCGCCCUCAAGUCCUCGCACUCCGACUUCUUCAAGUCCCUCCAGUCCCGCGAGUUUGACCUCGAUUUCAAGCUCGCUGACGACCCCAAGAUCGCCCUUCAGCGUUACGGCCAGUACCUAUACGACGGCCUAAUCUUGUUUUGCCCUACGACAGAGCGGUUUGGAGGAUCCGUUGAUUUGGCUGCUAUACUGGAUUUUGUUGAUUCGGGUCAUGAUUUAAUUAUCGUGGCUGAUACUAAUGCAUCUGAUCUAAUCAGAGAAAUUGCCACCGAGUGUGGAGUUGAUUUCGAUGAGGACCCUACAGCUACGGUUAUUGAUCACACAAGCUAUGCAGUUUCAGAAACUGAAGGAGACCAUACUUUGAUUGCUAGUGAUGAUUUCAUUAAGGCUGAUGUAAUUUUGGGAGGCAAGAAAAUUGAGGCUCCUGUACUAUUCCAAGGAAUUGGCCAUUCAUUAAAUCCUGCCAAUAGCCUGGUGCUGAAAGUUCUCUCAGCUUCUCCUUCAGCAUAUUCUGCCAAUCCAAAGACCAAGCUGUCAAAUUCUCCAUCACUCACUGGAUCUGCUAUCUCUUUAGUUUCUAUUCUGCAGGCUAGAAACAAUGCUCGAAUUUUGAUCUCUGGCUCAUUAAAUAUGUUCAGCAAUCGAUUCUUCAAAUCUGGGGUCCAGAAGGCUGGGAGUCGAAUUAAGCAUGAGAAAUCGGGUAAUGAGCAGUUUUUCACUGAACUUAGCAAAUGGGUUUUCCAUGAAAGAGGGCAUCUCAAGUCUGUGAAUGUAAGACACAAUAAAGCUGGGGAGGCUGAUGAACCUGCCAUGUAUAGGAUCAACGAUGACCUGGAAUAUUCGGUUGAGAUUUAUGAGUGGUCUGGUUCAAGUUGGGAACCAUAUGUAGCUGAUGACGUUCAAGUGCAGUUUUACAUGAUGAGUCCUUAUGUUCUGAAGAAUUUAUCCACUGACAAGAAGGGUCAGUAUUUUACAGCAUUUAAGGUUCCAGAUGUUUACGGGGUUUUCCAGUUCAAGGUUGAGUACCAAAGGCUAGGAUACACAAGCUUAUCUCUGUCAAAGCAGAUUCCUGUCCGGCCCUAUAGGCACAAUGAAUACGAAAGAUUUAUACCAGCAGCUUAUCCCUAUUACGGGGCAGCAUUUUCAAUGAUGGCAGGUUUCUUCAUCUUGACUGGCGUCCACCUAUACAACAAGUAGCUUUAGCACCGUUAGAUGUGGGGACUAUUUACCAUCGCUAUUUGAGAGCCAAUUUUUCAGAUUGGAAAUUUUGUUUUGAGCAAUCAUAUCGUGUGGAUGCUAAUGAUAUUAUGGAUACGUCACUUUGAUUAGUUGGUCUAAGAAAAUGCAUUUACCACCAUCA